UUAUAUAUUCUUUAAAAAUUAAGUGGGAGCUUAGAUAACGCAACCAGGAAGCUUUCCGCCUGCAUGUGUCGGCGUGUUUGAGAGCGUGGCAUAAAGCUUGUCGACAGACAGCGGUGGACUCUUGUCAUUCGCACUUUUAUUCGAAGCGGCGGCCAUUCCUACUUUGUGUGAGGUCAUCAGUGUUCGCAUAACCUUUGUCAUAAGGGUUGUUCCUACUCCCUUCCUACUUCGCUAUCAUUGGUCAUAUGUACACUCGGUCACAAAAGUUUACGGACCAUGGGAUCUCAUAAAACGUUUAAUUUCCGAGCAGCCUGUAGCAGUAGUAAAUAAAACCGAACAUCACAAUGUAAUUCCCAUAUACUGGUAGAGGCUGUAAAUGCGAAUACAAGGCUGCGUUGUGAGGCUUUCGAUAGCUUAGAUCUCUGCAAGAGCGGCAAUGUGCGGGUAGAUUAUCGAACGAGGCCGCAACGACUCCCAGUUAACUUUCGUGCUCCCUGGUGCGUUCGUUGGCACAGCGUCCAAUUAGACCAACAUAAACUUUGCCACAAGAAUGGGGGAUCUCGUAGACCACGCCCGUAAGGCUACGUGCCGUACGUAAGGCUUUGCGUGCUUCAUUCCACAGCCGGAAGUCGCAGGGUCGCCACUGCUGACUGUGAGCCACGACUUCAGGGAAUAAAAUAGAAGUAAGGACAGAUCAGCUCGCGAACUAUCAGAAGCCCCCUUUUUUUUUAUCAUGCAAAGAGGCGACACGUGCGUCGACACCGAAUCAGUCUCGCUGCGAGCCAGUGAAUUCAGAUUACUAAACAAAGGGAGAUAAUGUGCAGUCUGUUCACCUUAAUCUAACGUUUUUGAGUGUGUGCAUAGCUGUUUUUCUUGCAGUCAUGAAUGCGCAUAUGUUCAGCGCCUUCAUUAUUCAUAAAUGUAACGUGUGUCUCUUUCAUUAAACAUAGAGUCAGCGCCCGUCCUGUCAGGUCUUUCUUUGUCCUCGUCUUAGAAAAGUAGUGCUGGAAUACUUUCGUAAAAAAGAAAAAAAGUCGCGUGAAACACCCUGUAUAGCAGCCGGUGCAGCCAAAUGUACAUUCGCUUUUGUUACUGCUCGAAAGAGGAGCCUGCAGGCCUGUGAGAAAAAAAAAAAAAGAAAGGAAGAUUGCAAUAGAGUGGGAAAGCGGUUGUAUAUCUGCAGUCCGGGGGCUCCGACUAUUAAAGUGUGCGUCUCUAUAAGUGGAAGUCUUGGUCUUGUUUGGUCUAGAGCGACUGCUCACGUGAGCGUAGCCUCAGUAACUAUAUUGUAGGCUUAUAGCGUUGAUAAAAAAAAGUCAAGAAAAUGGUAUAAAAGUAGAUUUAGAGGUAGAUAUGAGCAGUAUGGAUUGUCUGCAUUGCCCCGCAGUGCUCAUAGCGUAUUUACCGCAAUGAUUUGAGCACAAGCCAGGUUCAGGUAUUAACGCUGCAUGGUGAAAGUUGGAGGGACUUUUGUUACUGUUUAAACGGAAGGCCUUUCGUCGUUCAUACGUGUUUAGUGGUUCCUUAGCAUAACAAUCCUAAUUUCUCGAUAUUGUGUUGGGUUCGCACUUAAUAUGUGGUCAAUUACGCAUGAUGCAAGGGCCAUCACAAGGCCAAACUGAUAUGUCGAGCGGAAAGAAUGGUGAAUAAUACACGAUCACCGAGUUUCCCGAAUUCUUCUUUUUCUAAGUAAUAUAUGUUAUUUUGAUGGCCACUUGUGGGGCACAGCCUUCUUUUUUUUUUUUCUUGUGUGAGACAAAUGGACAGCUUCGCUUUUUCGAAAUCAAUUAAAAGCGCCAGUUCGGCGAGCUCGUACUUGAACGAACCUUGCAGAGGUACAGUAAUACUGGCCGGGUCUAUUGAGAGCCAACACUCUAGUUCUGUCGCCCUCGCCACGCAGUGCUGUUAGCGAACCGAGUUGCGGAAUUUUUUUUUCUUAAUACCUCUAUCGCGUCGACAGUUCGGAUACUCGUUGAAUUGAACAUGCAUCGAACUGUACGAACGCUAUCAGAACAAGAAGCAUGUGCGAGCGAUAAGAGAAUCAAACUCAAGCGUGCUUGAAACCGAUUUCUAGAUACGCUCCAUCUCAACACGGACUUCGCUGUGCACCCAAAUGAGCCCGUUCGAGAGCCCGCGAGUGAAAAUUGCACGGACAUUUCCGAAUUUCGCUGAAGUCGAUCUGUGCUUAACAUUCCGAGAGCGAUCGGACCAAGAAGAAUGCGUAACUAAGAAGGAUCGAAGUUACAACGUUCUUGAAAGUUACCCAGGCACGGUCGAGAGUACCAGUGUUACAGGAGUUGUAAAUUACAGACACACACGCAUGCCCGCUCACAAGGAAACGCACGUACACGCACACAUGUCACAAAAGCGCGCACGCACAUACACAUCUGGGAUUUCUCUCUUUCUGCAGACGGUAGGCCUCGUCGCACACUCCCAAGACUCGCAGCUGGUGCCGACGACGAACAGGCGCGCGAGGAACGCGCGGCGCUACAGCACGUCCGUCCGCGGCCUCUGUGCAGGCCGUUGUGGCGGCAGUGGCGGCCGCGAACAGAAGCUGCUGCGCGAUCUGCGCGAGGAGGGGAACAGCCGUCGUCGGCGCUCACCGCGAAAGAGGAGGAGGAGGCGAAGAAGAAGCCCGCCCCGAGAGACGCGCUCGCUCCUCGCCUUUUCUCGCCCUCUCCGCGCAUAAAAGCUGCCGGCUUCGACUUGCCGGGCUGUAUUCGGAGCGGGACCCGCGUGUGUCGUGAAAACGCGCACCGCACGCGCAAAAAACAAAAAACAAAAAGAGCGCCGCGGCGUGCCGCACACCGAUGUCGUCCGCUGCACUAGCCCGUCGCCUCGCGCGUCAAACCGCGGCCGGACUGGGCCGGCGCGCGCGCUCCAGUGACACCGCCGGCUGCCCAUUCCAUCGCGGCGGCGCGGCGCUGGAACCGGCGACGAACCGCUCCGCGGGAGCGGAGCAGGCGUCGUGGAGCGGAGCGGAACCGUACGUGUCGAAGGGGUCGGCGCGGAGGCCCUUCACGUCGCUGCCCAGUCCCAAGGGGCUGCCCGUGCUGGGCACAGCGAUCGACGUGCUGCGGGCCGGGGGCGCGCCCAAGAUCCACGAGUACUGUGACCGGCGGCACCGCGAGCUGGGACCCAUCUACCGCGAGACGUUAGGCAGCGUGGACGCCGUCUUCGUGGCCGACAGUGCGCUCAUUCAGAAGGUGUACACCAACGAAGGCAAGUUCCCCAUGCACAUGGUGCCCGAGGCCUGGCUCAUCUACAACGAAGUCAAAGGAAUUCAGCGCGGACUCUUCUUCAUGGAUGGCCCGGAGUGGAUCGACCGACGCCGAAGCCUCAACAAUGUGUUCCUCAAAACGAAGACUGUCACUGACAACGUGCCCGUCUUCAACGACGUCAUCACGGACCUUCUGAAUCGGUGGCACGAAGCCCGCAACGACAGAGGCAUCUUGGAAAACGUCGAGCGUGAACUUUACAACUGGUCCAUAGAAUCGCUGGGGGCCAUGAUCUUUGGCCGGCGGCUGGGCUGCAUCGCGCAAACCUCGAGCAUGGACAACGUGCACGAGUUCGUCCACUGCGUGCAGCAGAUCUUCAACGAGUCGGCCAAGAUGUCCAUGUUCUCGCCGCGCCUCGCCUACCGUCUUCGGCUGCCCGUCUGGCGGCGCUUCGUCCGGGCAGCGGGACGUGCCCUCGAGCUCGCGAGAGACUACGUUGAGGAGAACGUGAAAGCAAUCGCCAAAGAUCCAUCGUCCGCUGCCCAGCACAACCAAGGCAUUCUAAGUCAACUCUUGCUCAACGAGAAAAUCUCAGAAGAAGAACUCGUCCGCAUCGUCACUGACCUCUUCCUCGCCGCUGCCGACACGACGUCACAUGCCACCCAGUGGGCGCUGUACCUUCUCGCCAAACACCCCGAACAGCAGGAGCGGCUACUCCACUCGGUGCGUAACGUCGUACCUGCGGGGCAACCAAUCACCGAGGAGAGCCUCGCGCGGCUACCCUACGUCAAGGCGGUCAUCCGGGAGGCCCUACGGUUGUACCCGGUGGCACCUUUCCUGACGAGGAUCCUGUCCGAAGAUAUUGUCCUGGAUGGAUACCACAUCCCCGCUGGGAAACUCAUCUUGAUGUCCCUGUACACGACGGGACGGGACGAACAGCACUUUUCGGAGCCGCACGCGUUCAGGCCCGAGAGAUGGCUGCGAGAUCGCGACCGCACGGGACAAGUGAACUCGUGGGCCUGCCUUCCGUUCGGCCUCGGCGCCCGUUCUUGCAUCGGACGCCGGGUGGCCGAGGUCCAGAUGCAGUUCCUCAUCGCACGGACGGUGCAAAAGUUCGAGCUGACGCCGAGCACGGACAAGGACGUCCAAAUCAAGAUGCGGCUCAUUACUACGCCGGAGGAGCCCAUCUCGCUACGGAUGACCCCUCGGUAGCGUCCCUGUCGUGGCUCGCCGACAGAAACGAGCGCGUCACAAACGAUCCGAGUCGUCCGUGGCUCGGCGACGCCUACCCCGGGGCCACCGUCGGUCCGAAUGCCGGCCGUCGUGAAGCGACCGUCGACACGACAUCCUGGAAGGCACCCGGCGUGCCGGUCGCGUCGGCGUCGCACGACCUCGUUCCCUCGCCACCGUGGGGCGAGCGAACCACCACUACCGCCAAAGACGAGGGCAGCCCAGAGCACAGCAGCCCAGCUGGGACCAUGCCCGAAAUGCCACACGCACACGCAAACACACACACACACAGCACCCGCGCGACCGCGGCAUUGACGCUACUUCCGCUGGCCGGAAGUCAGGCCUUACAAAACAAAUCGUGACCGCGCAUCACGAGUUGCACGAGCCGUGCGUCACAACUAGACGUUUUGGCUAUUGCCGAUCGACGCUCCUUGAACGCGUCGGCCCGGCAGCAGGCGAUUGCAUUUGUUACCCGUGCUCAAACGAGGAGCAGUUACGGAGCCCUGGUCUCAGGCACACUACUUAAGGACGCAUUCUUCUUCUCCAAGCAGUGCUAUUGUUUGUGUUCACGUCCAGAAAGCGCGGUGAUGACCUGUUGUUUCUCUUGUAUCCAGCAACGUCGAAUGCAUGUCGGAAAGCUCAGUGGCACGCGGGGAAAGGGCUGUAUUUUCAUCACACUUGUAUGCAUGGUCUCCCCUAUACGCCUCACGAUAGAAUUGUAGCUAUAAAAACAAAAAAGCUGCCGACACUAAGUGCCUUUGUUGUGCACGGAAUGGCUGUCCUCUAGACGUCCGCGUAACUGAGUCUUGAUCGAACGACUGUGUCGUGGCAGGUUUCACGUUUGGUGAUACAGAUUCCUUCUUCUAGCCCGUCUUCAUUGAAAACACUGAUCAGGCACUGAGCUUAGCCGACGCAUGUUGACGUUGCUUUCACUAAGCAAUGUGUGCCUCAUUCAAUAGAGCUUGCAGUUCUUGCGUCCGUUUUUGCGAUACAACCGGAGUAUGUGCGCCUAGAGUGCACCAGGAGGCGCUGUAUGACAAGUUAAUGGCCAAUUUGCCAAUAGAGGGUUUUACACAUGUGUACAUGUUUACUGACCUUUUAUCUGUUUGAUGCUGGGAUCGCAAGUGCCCACUCUUAACCAGUGCUAUUUAGCGAUGACCUUCAGAAUCACUAUUUCUGCAUAUACUCUUUUUAAUGGGCACUUCCUUACAAGUUUUUUGCGACGAAUGAAACACACGCAUAAUUGUUCAACACGGCGAAAUUUUCACGAAAUGCCACACGAGCGUCUCUCAUUCAGAGUGUGUUGUCGCGAGAGAGCGCGCAUAAUUAUCAUGUAUCGUCGCUGUGCGCGUUAAUGUAUUGUUCCAGUGAAUAUGGAUAGGUUAACAGGUGGAAGCACUAGUCCGUUGGAGUCUCUUUGUGAUGUAUUGUGAACCAAGAUGGCGAAGAGUGACUGGUGCUAUACGCAUGCCACGCAACCCCAAAUAACGAUUUGUAACCACAAAAGUAUGUUACUUUGUUCUUGCUCCUUUCUCUCUUCUUUUAAAAUGUUUUUUUACCUGUACCUUUCACAAUAACCACUAAGGACUCACUUGUUACGAUCUCAUGCGUGUUCUUUUGAGGACUAUUCGCAGCCUUCAACUGACGCCUCUUGACGAGAUUCUACCACCUCGCUCACUGAGGGUCAGGACGGGUCGCGCCGGUUCGGAACCGUCUGGUUAUGCCGCUAAGUUCAAAACGCAAAGUGCUUUAAAAUGAGCGUUCUGUUCUGCGUUUAACUGCGCUUCAUAUAUGCUGCCGCUUCCUGGUAGCUGAUAAUGAUCUCUCUUUAAAACUCGUUAGUUAGUAAAGUUGUUCACUGUUUGAUCAGCCUUGAUUUGAGUAGACGCAACGAUCUGAACAUAAAAGAAAAGCCUUGCGCUCGACAGACUGCAUGAGAAUCCACUAAACAUUAGCUCUACUUUAACACCUCCGGACGUCAGUGCGGGUAUCAGAAGCCAGCGAGUGCCGUUGGGCGUCUCUUUAUCUUCAGCAGCAGAAGCGCAGAUAAGCGUUGCCGAGUCUGAAGGUCGCAGGACGUUAGCUGCAGCAAAGAAAGUGUAAGAGUAGAAAAACGAAUCUCUCAGAAAUGAACGGCAUCUGGGCCAGCUUCCUCAGAGGACACCGUUGUCCUUCACUACGAGUCGGUCGGAAGAUUACCGCAUUUCCCCUUAAGAACCUUAUAAAAACUCGAACCGUAUUCAGACUAGCAACGUAUUUGAGGUUCUUGUGCGUGGCAGACGCUUUCCUAAGAAAAGUUUAAUAGGUGAUCACAAGAAAGCUUUCUCGAUAAGGUCGUCACGUAUGUUUCUACGGUAUUGACGGGGGAAAGGUAUACGAACGUCAUACGGUGGUUUCACUGUAAUCGUAAAAGCGGGAGGCUUCCCACACAUGCUCAGUUUUCCGCAAGCUGAGCAUCUUAUGUCGACUAAAGGUGUUUUCAUUUAAGUAAAAGAGAAAAAAAGCAAAGAAAGCAGCGCACAGCUUCGGAUCAUUCCUCACCAGCUUGCCAAGUCGCGUACUUGCCCGACGUGUUCGACAAUUUUGCGGGAGGCCCGUUUCAUUUCCUUGUCGAUGUUUGUCCAUUUCUUGGUGUUUGUCGAGUAUUUAUUUCCUGACCUUGGUGUGUACACUUGAGGAGCCUUGAUCUCUACGGAGCGUUUUUGCGCUGACGUCUGUGUUCCUUGUUCAAUGUGCCCGUGUUUACACAAACACCUCUUGCGUCGAUCAAGCGUUCCUGUUAUCUCAUUCCUUUAUUACCUCCUUCGGUUCCUCGCUUAUCGGAAACAUUAAGUUUCUCUCUAAAGGCUGUCGAUGUGUGAAGCUUUGCGGCAUCGCUAAUUCAGCAGGCAGCACAGAUGAAGCAAUGCCGAUGCGUUGCCCCGAACUUUGAUUUUCUUUUUACUUUCAUUUGUACGGCGUCGCUUGCCACAAGUAACCAUACGACAAUCACAAAUGUAUUAGACUUUUUUUCUCCUUAUCUCGGCAACUAACCACCUAAGAGUCAACAUGCAUUCUGUCAUAACGUCCUUUCAUCGUCACAGAUUUUAUUGCCCUGUAUCCCUCGAAACCUACGCGCAGACACCUUUUUAAAACCAUCUCACUUCAUCUCACAUUCUAUUUAUCUGCUCAUCUUCAUAUCUAUCAACCAUAAAUUAAAACUCGCAACCGCAUGUGCAAAACUUGUUUCAAGGUUCUUCUUGGAAAUUCUCGAGAUGGUCGUUGCCAACACAUACAGACACGCAGGCACGCAUGUGCACAAACACAUACACUGACACAGAAACACGGUUAAUGAGGCAUAUGUCUCGAACAACCCACCGACUUAAGUAUCACGUGCUCAGUGUUCAUUCUCUCUUUGUAUAGGAAGUUGUGACUGGUAUUGCUGGUCUUGUUAACUCGAGAUUCCUUUGUGCGUUUACACAUAUUUUUGUACAGUUUCGAUGCCUUGACACUGUUUACUCUUGUCCAUAGCUCUAUCAGCAGAUCAGUGCCACAUUGUACAAGCUCUUGGGUUCGGGGUUGACUGUUAUCUGUCUCCUGCAUCGCGCUCUGUGACCACUAACUUGUCGCGCCAGUGUUUUUUUUUUCCACUACAGAUGCCUGACAUGUGCAAUCACAUUAUUUCCUUUGUGCAUCUGCUCACGUUUUACCCUCGUGUGAAAGAGCAUUGUGAUUUUGUAUAAAUAGGAGCAGUGCUUUCGCAGAUGCUACAUGCCCGUACGAUGCUGUCUGUACCUUAUUCACAAUGCUACACGUCAUAUUAGGAUACAAUGAACAAUCAAUGCACGAAACUGCAUAUGCACUCACACGGCUCUGUGGUCGGCCAAUAGCCCAAGCAAUGCACCUCUCCGCGCGAUUUGUGUGCGCACGUAUCUUUUGUAUAAUAUGCGGUGUACAAUCCCGGCAGUGUGCCUGUACAGUACGCAGUGCACUGUGACGCUGUACUACUGUUGAGACAAAGGGCGCUUUUUUUUUUAUUGCCCUAGCAUGGCCAGUCGCUGACCUCUUCUUUUUCUUCGGCGCGAAACAAACGAAUGAAAAUAAACGACCUUGCAUUUCUACGAA